AUAGUAAUCAAUAUCUUAAUUUCAAAACAACCAGAAGAAGUUCUCUAAGUCUUCACCUCUAACUUUUCUUAAUAACUACGUGUUAAAUAACAAUUAAAUUAAAAAAACAAUAAAAAAUGUCAAAAUUCGUAAUUUUCGCCGUUUUGUUGACUUUCGUUAUCUGCAUGACCGUCUUGGCUAAUGGCCAACCCCAACGUUUGGAUGCCAACAGUAUAAUUCAAAAGAUAAUUGGUCAAUAUGAGGCUAGAAUUAAAGGUCCCUCUGUUAUUUAUCCUGAAGAACCCGCCCAUGUUAUCGAUCCAAAUCAUUUCCAUUUACACAUCUAAAUUGUUAUAAUAAGCGUUAUUUAAAUGUUUAUCUCUCUGUUUAAGUUAAGCAAUAAAAACUAUUAUUAAAAAAAUAAAAUAAAAAAAUAAAUAAAAUUUGUAAUACAA